CACGUUUGUAUUUAGAGUUUAAAAAUACAUAUAUGCAGAAAGCAGACAACGUUUGUACGAUAUCAUAAGAAGUCGUAAAAUUUGAGUGUUACUUACACGAAUUGUUUGUAGGAAUUUAAUACAUAUUGAAUAUUUCGUAAAUCAAAUAUGUCAAAAGGGAAGAAGAGUGUGUACAGUAGUGAGGAAGCUAGUAGUUCAUCUGGCAGUUCUUCUUCGCUAUCAUCUGACGAAGAAGUAGAUGCUAGAGAUUUAAAACCAAUUAAGGAAUAUUUGUCAGAUCGCAGGGAAUUAGCACGUCAACUUUUUAAAUCAGUUAAAGCUGAAAAAAUACAAAUGAUGUUACCUCAAACAUUAAAGAAAAUGGAUUUUGGACAGUUAGAAAAAUGGUGUGCUAAUGAAUUAAGUGGCAUGUCAAAAAGCCGUAUAUUGUGUAUCUUAAAUGGGAAACCUAUGUUAGAAUCAUCAGAUACAAAUGAAUCAGACGAUUCAGGACCCUCGUUGGAAAUUAUCUCAGAUACAGAGGAAUGGUUUACCGAUGAUGAAAUAUGUAAAAAGGAAGAUGGUUCGAAAUUACCUAAAAUAAAGAAAGAGAAAAUCAAACAAAAAGGAAAAUCUCAACUUAGUAAAAAAAGUGAUAGUAAGUCUACUUGUAGGAAAAUUCCUGAUUGCACUCAUAAAGAUAUACAAGUAAAGAAGGAGAAUGUUAUAGAUAAAAGUAAAGAAAAGGAUGGCGAUAGCUUAUUGGAUUUGUUAGAGUUAGAAAUGCGCGCAAGGGCAAUAAGAGCUUUAAUAAGGAAAGAGGAAGAUGUAAUACCAGAUACUUCUAAAUCUGUGGCAACUAACGAUACGUCAAAUGAAAAUGCCGAAGCUAAGACCGAGCAAGAUGAGAUAAAAGAAAAAGAAAAUUGUAGAAGGCAAUUGGAGAGAAUUAUUAGUGCUCAGCAGAAUACAAUUGCUGAAGAUGAAGACGUUGUAUUAGUUGUCCAACCAACUCCGACUAUUGAAUUAUUGUCUAGUGAUAGUGAAGCAGAACCUCAUAGUGGUGUGCGUGUAAAUAAAAAAUUACAAAACGAACGAGUUAUAGAGACCAAAGACAAUAUUAAUCAUACUGAGAAUGGAGAUUUAAAUAAUAUUUGUAAUAUUAAUAGCAUAGAAAACUCGAAAGAAAAUAAAGUAACUAAGAGUUCAACAGAAACAGAUAAAGAAAUAGAUAAUGCACAUAAAACUGAAACUUUUAAAUGUAAUUAUAGCAAUAAUAUACUUCGUAAGGAUAGUCAAUCAAAAUCUAGUAGUAAGAGACGAAAAACAAAGAAAAAGUCGCAUAUAAAAGAGCAAUCAAAAAAUAUAACUUCCAAAAUUGAUACAGAUAAUAUAAAAUCAAGUAAUGCUAGUCAAAAUAUGAAAGCCACAGAAGGUGACGAUUGUUCGUCACAAGAUGUGAACUUAGAUGAUAAAGUACACGAAAAUAAUAUUAAAUCAAAAAUAACGCAUAAUAAUCCUUCAGAUAAACACGAUUCUACCGAAACAAGUAUUUCAAGCAAAGUAGGUUUAGAUGAAGAAAAAUCCAUUGACUUAGAUGAAAUAAUUGAUUUAGAUAACUAUUGCGAUGAUAUGGAUGAUAUAGAAAAUAGCGAGAACGAUAAAAAUAGUAAAGUUGUUGAAAAGAAGGAAUGCAAAUCGCAAAUGGAAACAAAUUCCUCACAGAAAUCGAAUGGAACUGAAACUUGGGCAAGUCGUUAUUAUCAAACGGACGAUGUACAAAAUGUAAUAAAAGAGUCGAAGAUCCAGUCGGAAAUUCGUAAACGAUUAAGGGAACGUCAAAGACUUUCUAAGCUUAGUACGUCUCCGAAUAAAAAUUGUCCUUCGUCACUGCCUGUAGUACAGGCAAUUAAUAAUAAAGUUAUCGAAAAACAUCCGAUGGGUUCCGUCGAUGAAUAUUUGGCUUUAAAACACACUGCCGCUACAAGCCUUAAUAUUGUUAAUAGCAACAAUAGUUCUAACAUAUUAAAAGAUAGCAUAGUAUCUAUGAAUACACAUGUAGGUGUAAAUAGAUUAAUUGAAAACGAUCACGUGUCUACUGUAUCUAAUUCUGUAUAUUCUAAAAAUCAAGUAAUUGACAAAGAACCUAAUUUAAAUAAUAACACAAAUGAUAAUGAUAUACCUGCUACAAAAAAUGAGACUAUAGUUAACAUGAUUAACGUUAUGAAUCCUGGUUAAUAUAAUUUUUAAGUAAUAUACAUAAUUAUAAUAAUUAUAUUUAUAAUUAGGUAAUUGUAAAUAUAUUUCACGAGCACUGUCUUCCAACAGUUGGACAUAAAAUACUUUUUGUACAACAUUCCUAUACCAUAGAGCUGAAAUAAGUCGUAUUUUUCUCUGUAAUUAUAGAAUGUAAAGAAACGAAAAAUAUGUAAUUAUAGGCUUGAAGAAAAUUGGUUACCGAUUCUCACCUGCUAUUAAAAUUACAUAGAACUAUUGAAUAGAUUGAUAUUAGAUUAGAUAGAAAUAUGGAAGUAUAUGAACAUCAGUUUCUAUGAAAGUAUUUAUACGAUUUUAAAAGUCUUUAUCUAAUAAGUGCCUGUAAAUGGAAUUUCAUUAUACCAAUACCAAUGAAAAAUUAUAUUCUUUACAGUCCUGUUGGAAACUAAGUUAUCAGGAACUAAGUUGGAAACUAAGAUAUGUAGUAAAUUAUUGAUAGCGACAAUGUUAAAAGCAAUUUUUACACAUGAGUACUGUAUGUUAUAUCAAAUAGCUUUAAUCCACUAUGUUGCUUUGUAAAUAAUGAUCUUAAAAUAAAAUUGUAGAUAUGGUACUAUCCUAUAUUUUCCAUGUAUAUUAUUUUCACUAUUUAGAUUUAAUACUUCAAGUAUAUCGUGUAUGAUUUAGCUUCAUAAAUUACAACAGAGAAUAAAACCAUUGACGUAUCAUUUAUAUCUGAUCUGUUUUUUGUAAGACAAUCAUAUAUUACUUAGAGAUGAUAUAUUACUCAAAUACGUACUUACGUACCUGUUUUAUGUAUUUUACUUUACGAGCAUUCUACAUUCUAAAUCACUGACUUCUCUACUUUCGUUUCCGAUUUUUAUCGUUCGUUAACACGCGGAAGAGUUUUCGAUUCUUCACAAUUUCGCUAAUUCGUGCACUCGAUAAAACCUGUACAAUAUAUUGCUUAAUCGUUCUUAAAUUUCGCGAAAUCAUACACCCAACGCAGAACGACUUUUUCUUAAAAAGAAAGAAAAACGAAGAGGGAAAUGGAAAGAAAAGAAAUAAAAAAGAGAGAAUAACAUGCAUAGCAUUUACACUUGUAUAAUAUCUAUUACGAUUCAAAGAGAUGGGAACAGUGCGGAAGCAAAGAUCGAACGUUCGAUCGACGCUUGUGCACUUGUAACGCACAAGCGAUCUCGUACGACCUAGGAAAUGCAUGGGUUGGUCUGCGUAAUCUCAUUGACUUUGUGGCCGCGUGUACGAAUGCUGUAGCGCAGGCAUUACGACACCAUGCACACACACCGGAAAGAUUUUUCAGAACGACGACGGUCUUGGUACAAGGAACUUUCGAUCGCGAUGGAUGGUUCCGGUGCCGUGGAACUUGGAAAGUUUCUCCGCGACGAUGCAAAUAAAAGGUACAAAAGGGAGGGAGACCGGUAACUUUGUACGGUAACAGAAAAGCCGAUAGUAGACACUCUGCAUCAUGCGAGACAGAUUGUUGACAAAGAUUCGAGUGGAAUUUAAAUGAGUACAUAUAAUCCUGUGACACGUUGCGCAACAUAAGGCAUUCCUAUCUAGUCCACUUCCGAUGAAAGUUACAUUUAGAAUUCCACAACACGAUGUACCGGUUAAUAUGGUGAUAAAUUCAGAUGUCACCGUUGCUACAGCUCUUUACGGUGAUUUCUCUGAUCGAAUAUGCAUAUGAAGUAUGGAAAUAGCAAGGCUAUAUAAUUAUACAUAUGUAUUUCCCUCUACAGAGGAAUGUCGUUUAUCUGUUUCUGUUUGUACCCUUUGACUACUUUGGCAUUAAUAACGAUGGAAAAAUGAAAUGCGAUAGAGUACCGUCAAUUUGACGUUUAAAUAGAAAAUUCAAACACUGCAUGCGAAUAGCGAAAGAUAGAAGAAAAUCUGUCGAAUAUUCGUAACAAACGUAGUCCCAGUUUCCUCAUUUUCAAUAAUGUUGAUUAAACGGAUGUUAUUUUC